AAUUAGUCGAGCUAACGAAGGGGAGAGAAAACGCCACGAUCCAAAGCAAGAAGUGAAGUUCCUGGGAGUCUAGAGUUGUGCUGUUGGUGGGCCUCCGACCGAUCAACUGACUUGCUCUGCUGUCACUUCAACUUCUGCCCAGUGCGUGCUUUCUUUCUCCUCAUAAUUCCUAUUUCCCCAGUAUUUAUAACCCCCCUUUUCUUCACGGCUUAUUCUUAAUCGUUGGAUUCUCCCUUUGUCCUUGUUGUGCUUCUAUCCUCUAUCCACAAUGCUUCAGGUUCCAGUGCGGGAACACACCAACGUGGCCUCCACCAAGGCUGUGAUCCUGGUGGGCGGUCCUUCGAGAGGAACACGUUUUAGGCCUUUGUCUCUCGACGUUCCCAAGCCUCUGUUCGAAGUCGCUGGUCACCCAAUUAUCAAUCACUGCCUCAAGGCCCUUGCAAAGAUUCCCGAUAUCCACGAAGUUAUCCUGAUUGGCUACUACGACGAGAGUGUCUUCCGUGACUUCAUCAAGGACUCGUCCAAAGAAUUCCCCCAGUUCCGAAUCCAGUACUUGCGUGAAUACACAGCACUGGGCACUGCUGGAGGUCUGUAUCACUUCCGCGAUGCUAUUCUCAAGGGGAAACCGGAGCGCAUCUUCGUCCUCAACGCUGAUGUCUGCUGCUCCUUCCCGCUCGGAGAAAUGCUGAGGCUUUUCGAGGAGAAGGACGCAGAGGCUGUUAUUCUGGGAACUCGGGUUCACAACGAUGCCGCGACGAACUUCGGAUGCAUUGUGUCUGACUCCCACACCAAGCGCGUCCUGCACUAUGUCGAGAAGCCGGAAUCGCACAUCUCCAACCUCAUCAACUGCGGUGUCUACCUCUUUGCUACCGAAUGCAUCUUCCCCUCGAUCCGCAGCACCAUCAAGCGACGCACCACCCGCCCCCGUCUACUCUCCUAUCCUUCUUCCGACAACCUUGAAUCCUCCUUCGUCGCUACCAAUGAAGAAUCAGAGCACAACGAGGUUCUGCGUCUGGAGCAGGACAUCCUGUCCGAUCUCGCUGACAGCAACCGCUUCUUCGUCCACGAGACCAAAGAUUUCUGGCGCCAGAUCAAGACUGCCGGAUCUGCCGUUCCCGCCAAUGCCCUAUACCUGCAGAAGGCAUUCCAAGCACAGUCAGACGAACUUGCGGCUCCCUCUGCCUCCAUCGUCCCCCCAGUCUACAUCCAUCCUUCCGCUGUGGUGGACCCCACCGCAAAGCUGGGCCCCAACGUCUCUAUUGGGCCUCGUGUGGUCGUAGGCGCCGGUGCACGUAUCAAGGACUCCAUUGUCCUCGAAGACGUCGAAAUCAAGCACGAUGCCUGUGUCAUGCACUCGAUCAUCGGGUGGAGCAGCCGAGUCGGAGCCUGGGCUCGUGUCGAGGGCACACCGAUCCCAAUGGCCAGCCACUCGACCAGCAUCGUGAAGAACGGCAUCAAGGUACAAAGCAUUACCAUUCUAGGAAAGGAAUGCGGUGUAGGCGACGAGGUGCGCGUACAAAACUGUGUCUGUCUUCCAUACAAGGAACUGAAGCGUGACGUUGCCAACGAGGUUAUUAUGUAGGAUGUUUCUUAAUUUUUUUUUUUUUGAGACGUACAUCUACUUCAAUCCUGAUCCUAUAUCUAAAUCUAAUUCUACCGAUCUUUAUCUUAUCUCUAAUCUUUUUUUUUUUUUUCUACUUUCUUUUCCUUCAUGCUUAAAUCUAUCACGCUAAGAUACCAGGAUAUGAUUUGUGCUCAGUCAUGGGCCUAGAUGCAAGGGUUUCUCUUGCCACAAAAAAGGGGU